AUGUCCUCGCCUGAACCCAUCUCCCAGCACGUCACGCAAGUCACGACGACGGCAACGGGAUCCGCUCCUCCCAUCACGGAGGAUUGCGUUCUCAUGCCAAUCUUGUGUCCCUGCGAGAUGCACAAAGACGACCCUGCCACCGCUUCUAUUCGCUUGGGCUUCCUGGCGGUACGCACCGCCGAUGGUCGUACUUGGCAUUGGGGCUGCCUUGCCUCCAACGUGAAGCAUGCCUUAUUUGGCAGCGAAGGUGACUACCUCACGGAUCUCGAGGCAAGCAAAUUGGCUCUCACUACUCCAUACCAACUGGGACGCUUUUUCGCCAGGGGCCUUGAGAAUGCCAUAUACUCGCACAGUAGCAAGGAUCUGGCCGAGACGACAUCGCGCGCGCGCGAGAAAGCGAUCAAGAAGGAGUUGCGGUAUUUUCCGCCGAAGUGGCAUGAGAAGAUCACUGCGUUGCCUUCUUUAGGGUACCAGAUCCCGAUCGACGGCGUUCCCUUCGAAGGCAGUCCUCCCACGGGAUCGAAUAAGCCUCCAAGGGAUGAGCUGGGCCGGCCGAUCGCCCUUCCCCUGUGGGAGCCGUGUGGCGUGUCCCUUCAUGAUCUUCCUACGGUCACCACGCACGACGACGCGAAGACGUUCCACCGCUGUCUGCAAGCCUGGGAUUGGUCACACCGAGGUUACAACCCUUCGACCAUCGUGAGGUUCGUCUUCAUGGGCGAUCUACGAAGAGAGAAGGCGGCAGAAUACAGGGCUCAAGAGACUCAAGCAACCGAGAGCACGCAGGAAGUGGAGGCGGACAAAGAAGAGAGCGGAGAGAAUGAGGAUGACACAGCAGAAGACUGGAGGGAGGAUCAGAUGAGCCAGGCGAGCUGGGAGGAUGAGAAGACGGAGGAGGCGAUGGCGCUUGAAGAAAAGGAGGCGGAGGAGGCGAUGGCGCUAGCGGCCUGGAACUCCGAGGACUACCAGCCGAUGAAGGAGGCCAUUCUCUCAUCUCUCAGGCCUUUCUUUGAUGGGCAGUACACGAAAGGCUUCAAGUUCCCGCUACCCCCUCUUCUCUCCGCGACUCAGUAG